AUGGAAGCGCAAGGGAGAGGAGAAGGGCAGGAAGAUCAGCAAAAUCGACGCGGAGUGAAGCCGCCGGAGCAAAUGGCUCGCCACCAACCUCCUCCGCCGCAAAGGUGCCCUCGCUGUGACUCCGUCAACACCAAAUUCUGCUACUUCAACAAUUACAGCCUCUCUCAACCGCGUUAUUUCUGCAAGGCUUGCAGAAGGUACUGGACUCAAGGGGGGACCAUGAGGAACGUCCCCGUUGGCGGUGGCUGCAGGAAGAACAAGCGGAGCAAAGGCCCAUCGUCGUCUUCGAGCAGUGGUGGCGACAGGGAAAGAACUCAACCUCUAAUACCAGCACUUCCACAGCAGAAUUUGAUUGGCAUCGCCGGUGGGAUUUUGGGGAAUUCUGGGAUAUUACCCGGGAACCAAUCUGUGAGGACCUUGCCUUCAAUUGGUUCCUUAUAUCCUGGUGGAGAAUUCUUGUCCACUUUUGCUUCCAUGCAAUCCCUAAACCAGCAGCCAAGAAUCAAUCAGGUGCCAGUGAAUUUGGGUGGUGGCCAUCAUUUUAGUGGUGGUGCGAACAUGGCACUUUUGCAAGGGAUGAAUCUUCCAGCGGGACAAAUCCAACAUCAGAAUGAAACUUUCCCAUCACAGCACUACGUGGUUCCACCAAGGCCUCUUGGUUCUUGGACUCAAAACUUCAUCUGCAACGCCACCACCUCUUCAGCCUCAACCCCAGAUUUCUGGAACAACAACACCGCUGGCACCACCACCAACAGCAGCGGAAUGGGUUUCUCAAUCAACCCAAAUCAAUGGCCUGAUAACCUUCCCGGCUAUAAUCCAUCUCAGUAA